CCUGACUGAAGGACAAGAAAUGCUUACUUUUGAAUUCAGGAGAAUUAAGCACAUGCUUAAUGAGCAAGGGGAUGGGGGCCCCUGCCUGCACAAUGGCCUCCUACUCCAUGAUAACCAUGAAGAAAUUUGCUGGUGCGAUGUUCCUGCUUGGCGCUGUGUUCUUGAACUUGACGUUCCUUGCCCAGCCAUUCCAUAACCCCAGCAGAACUCAAGCACAGAACCGUUCCCUGAUGGUCUUGAUCUGGGACUGGCCUUAUGGCCAUGCCUUAAACCUCACCGGCGAUCCCUGUGCCACGCUUUGCUCCAUUAAGGGCUGCCAGCUGACCUGGAACCGCAACCUCUACAACCAAGCAGAUGUGGUAGUUUUCCACCACUGGGCACUCCAGCACCGCAGAUCACGCCCCCCUGCAUCUAAGCCCCACCCAGGGCAAAAGUGGGUGUGGCUCUCCCUGGAGUCCCCCUCACACAGCAAUGACCUAGCCAGGUGGGAUGGAGUCUUCAACUGGACCAUGACGUUCAGGCGGGACUCCGACAUCUUCAUCCCUUAUGGGGAGCUCGUCGCCCAACCAUCAGAUGAGGUGGACAUCCCAGAGAAAUCUGGCCUUGUGUCAUGGGUCAUCAGCCACUACCACCAUACCCAACAGAGAGCGCAACUGUUCAGGAACCUGUCCAAGUACAUCAAGGUUGAUGUGUAUGGGAGGGCAAACAAGAAGCCUCUCUGCCCAGCCUGCCUACUGCCCACCAUUUCCAAAUACAAGUUCUAUCUGGCCUUUGAGAACUCCGUUCACCGGGACUACAUCACUGAGAAGCUCUGGAGGAACUCCCUCCUGGCUGGAUCCGUGCCUGUGGUCAUGGGGCCUCCCCGAGCCAAUUACCAGCAGUUCAUUCCUGGUGAUGCUUUCAUCCAUGUAGACGACUUUGGCUCUGUGAAGGAACUUGCAGACUUCCUGCUCACCAUGAAUGAGAGCCGCUACCAGAGGUUCUUUGAGUGGAAGAGGAGUUUUGCCGUGAAGCUGUAUGAUAGCUGGCCAGAGAGGUUCUGCACCAUCUGCCAGUGUUUCCCCAGCCUGCCCCAAGGGAAGGUCUACCACAGUCUGGAGAAGUGGUUCUGGAGUUAGCAACCAGGGUGGACUGAAGUCAGGGGCCUCGCUAGGUGCUUAAGAACCUAAGGACCUAAGAAGAGCCUUCUGGAUUACACCAAUGGCCUAUCUAGUCCAGCAAUUGACUAGCAAACUCAGAGGUAACUCAAAGCAAAAGUUUGCAGGAAAGUGGGAUGGUUAUAGAAGAUACAUUCAAAAAUACAAUAAUAGUUUUGACUCUGUGCUAGCGUUCGAGUGACAAAGGAAGUAAAAGGAGGUGGACAACAAUUAAGGAUUUAUUAUGUUUUCUAAAUGUAUUGGAAAAUCUAUACAGAAAGGCUUAUUGUUUUGUGUACAUUCAAUUGUACGAUAAAAUAUAUGCGCAGGGACUCGACAGGAAGUCAAAACUGAAGAAAAUAUUUUGUAAGAUAAAAGGGGGAGAAAU